AAGUGGUUGGCUUACAGAGAGUGAGUAGGUAACAAGAGAGAGAUGUCGUCGUGCUCCCAAGGCAUGGUUAGGCAGGGAUUAUUAGAGGAGGAAGCUUUCUUUUCUUUUCCACCUCAAAACCUAACUUUUCCUCCAUUAACACCCUCUCACCAAUCUCUCAACACCUCCUUCACUUUACCAAUUCUCUCUAAUCCUCAAACCCUACUCUCUUCCUCUCCGAAGCAUACACAACGUCUCCUUUCCUUGCAAAGAUCUACUGCAAAUCUCACCUGGGCGUGGGGAGAAGGAAAUAUUGAGUGCAGCAAGAGUAAUAACCAUCAUGGAGAUGAUGACGAUGAUGAUGAUGAUGAUCAUCAUCAUCUUGGGGUUUCAGCCAUGAAAAUGAAGAAAAUAAAAGCAAGAAGGAAAGUAAGGGAACCUAGGUUUUGCUUCAAGACUAUGAGCGAUGUCGAUGUCUUGGACGAUGGAUACAAAUGGAGGAAAUAUGGGCAGAAAGUUGUCAAGAACACUCAGCAUCCCAGGAGCUAUUAUCGAUGUACCCAAGACAAUUGCCGCGUAAAGAAACGUGUGGAAAGAUUAGCUGAGGAUCCGAGAAUGGUGAUAACGACAUACGAAGGAAGACAUGUACAUUCUCCAUCACAUGAUCUCGAAGACUCCCAAGCUCCAUCUCACCUCAACUUCUUCUGGUAGUUACCUGCAUGCAUAUGACUGAAACAAUUUAUAAACCAUAUGAUAUGCUAGAUUGUCUUAUCAGCCUCUAGUGUUUGAUAGUUUUAUAUCUCCACAUCAUCAUAAAAUAAACAAUAUAAUAUGUAUGUAAAUGGUCGCCAUGUUUGAUCUCUUGCAUUCUCUUGUAUGUGUAGUGUGUAAACCAAUAAAAAUAAGAGGGUAAAAGAAAGA